CUGCCACAUCGUGAUAAUACUUAUAGAGACGUUCACGGCUCAUCUAAGUUACUUUCUACACUCAAUAGACUUCGCUUUUUGAAUAACACCAUCUAUUUCAUCCUUCUACCCAUCAUGACUGCCCUCACUCGUCUCGCGUCAACCAUUUCCGAAGAGAGCGCCAAACUCUCAAACUACAUAGUUAGCAACAAUUUACCCAGCCCGUCUUUUGAUGUGGGCGCGCCUCCAGAGUUGCCUAUUCCCAUCGAGAACAAUGAGCUGCAAGAGUCGCGGUUGAAGCUGCUUACAGCGGCGCAAGAUCUCGCAGCACUGGCGCUGGGUCCAGUUGAGGACUUGCGGUGGAAGGCGUGGAACCAAUACAACGACAACGUCAGUCUGCACGCUAUUAUGCAUUAUCGGAUCGCAGAAGCAGUGCCUCUAGUAGGCACCACCACUUUCGCCGAUUUGUCUGCAAAAGUAGGCUUGCCAGAACCGCUCGUGACCCGCCUUAUCCGCCACGCAAGUAUCUACCACUGCUUUCGCGAGCCCUCGCCGGGAUUGGUCGCACACACGGCCUCGUCCGCCGCCCUGCAUGAAGGAGGCAGCGUGCGUGAUUGGCUAGAUAUGACGUUGGAGGAAUGGGGACCAGCGUCCGUCAAGGCCGUGGAGGCACUGCGUCGCUUCCCUGACAGCCAGGAACAAAGCGAGGGCGCGUUUGCACUGGCCUUUGACAAGCAGACUAUCUUCGAGUACCUUGCCGAACGGCCCGAAAGGGCCAGGGUGUUUGGUAGUGCGAUGGGCAACUUCUCAAAGGGUGCGAGCCACAAGGUGGAGCAUUUCGUGGAAAGCUACGAUUGGCAGAGUCUGGGCGAUAGUACCCUUGUAGAUCUUGGAGGAUCCCACGGACACAUUAGUAUCGCCAUUGCUAAGGCGGCGCCCAGGCUGAAGUUUGUUGUCGAGGAUCUCCCAGGGACGACAGCCAACGGUGAGCGCCUGCUGGAUGCUCAAUUCAAGGACCGCAUUCGAUUUUUGGGCCACGAUCUGAAAGAUGAGCAGCCAGUCAAAAACGCGGACGUGUACAUGUUCCGGUCGGUGCUACUCAACUGGCCUGACGCGUACGUUGUCAAGUUUCUGAAGAACCUCGUGCCGGCAUUGAAGCCCGGGGCCAAGGUAUUGAUCAACGAAGGCUGCCUGCCUGAACCUGGGACAGUGUCGAGUUGGGACGACAAGCUGCUGCGGAGUCUCGAUCUGUGCAUGAUGGCUAUGUUCAACAGCAAGGAACGCACUGUCGAGGAGUGGGCGGGGCUAUUUAGGGAGGCAGACGCACGAUUCAGGUUCGUGGGGGCGAAGAAGCCCGAGAGUAGCUUGCUGUGGAUCAUCGAGGCUGUGUGGGAGCCCCAAGGUGAGCCGUAGAGGUAGAUAGAGGUCAGGCAGUAGAGGAUCUCAUUACAUAUCCAUACAUCCGCUCGCAUGUGCCAGGCGUUUGAGAGCCUCAACAUUUGUCCUCAGACCCUGCUUGAGAUAUACGACUAUGUCCUGAUGCAGCUUAGUUUCGUUUGUGCCCACGCUAAGGCGGGAGAGGCGCCCCUCGAAAGCUUCAAUCAAGGCCGUGAUUUUGCCCAACUCGAUCUUGAACAAGUUGGUUUGCAGAAUCUGUUCAUCACGAGCAUCGAGCUCGUAGCUACCCAGACUC